UUAUAAACAUUAAUAAAUUUUAUUUAAUAAAAUUUUAUUUUUAAGCAUCUAAUUGUUUAGUAUUAGUUACAAAUUCUUAGCUAUAAAUUAUUUUGUGUGAAAUAAUUCUUCUAAUUGCUUUUUUGUAGACUAAUUUAUUUGGAAUUGAGGAUUUCCAUUUUCCUCAUGUAUUUUAUUAAAACCGGCACAACCGACAUGAAUACUGGUUGUAUCACGGUCAGACCAUUUCACUUACAAAAUCGGCACACCGGCAUGAACCGGUUUGACAACCUUGCUUACAACCCAUAGGGGAAGUGACAGUAUCCCCCUAUUUCCUCAGGGCUGGAUGCUGUAUUUAGAGGAAGGUUGGAUCUAUAUAAGGUAUUUUCUGCCGUCGAUCGAUUGUAUGCUACUUCGGCCGACCUGAUUUAAAUAACAAAGAAAAGAUAGGAUCAUAAGCGCGAGAAGAAACCUAUGGCAAAGAGAAAUGAAAUCCAUGCAAUACCGCCGAGUAAAUUCCCUUGAAUGUAUCAUUACCGCAACUAGGCGCUGAUGAAACCAUAAACGCGAGUUUUCGGUUGGCUGGCAAACGUGAUUUUCCAGGUGGAGGAGCCUAUAUAGUGGAAUCUCUGCCGAAAGCAGCAACCAUUAUAAGACUACGGCGAGAACAGAGGUUACAUUUAGUUGUGGCGAGAGGGAAAAUGUGGGUUUUCGGGUGGACAGGUGAAUCUGGAUUCUCAGCUCGUUCCACCGCCGAGCAAGUUACGACGGGGAUCGAUGGCACCGGCCUCACUGCCAUCGUUACAGGGGCAUCGUGUGGCCUUGGGUUGGAGACUACCCGAGUUCUUGCCCUGCGAGGUGUUCAAGUCGUGAUGGCUGUGAGGAAUGUCGACGCUGGUUAUGAAGCUAGACAUUCGAUCAUGGAUGGGAUCCCAACUGCUAAGCUCGAGGUUAUGAGAUUGGAUCUCAGCUCGUUGGCAUCGGUUCGAAACUUUGCGUCAGAGUUCGUCUCCACCGGCCUUCCACUGAACAUUCUCAUUAACAAUGCAGGCAUCAUGGCAUGCCCUUUCUCGCUUUCUGAAGACAAUAUUGAGCUCCAAUUUGCCACAAACCAUUUGGGCCAUUUCCUACUGACUAACUUGUUGCUAGAGACUAUGAAAAGGACGGCUCAUGCAAGCAAUAGAGAGGGGAGAAUCGUCAUCCUAGGAUCACUUGCUCAUAUCUUCACGUACAAGGGAGGAAUUCGAUUUGAAAGACUUAACGAUGAAUCUGGAUACUUUGGGAUGUCAGCUUAUGGACAGUCGAAGCUUGCAAACAUACUGCACGCGAAGGAGCUAGCAAGGCGUCUCCAGGAAGAUGGCGUGAAUAUUUCUGUUAAUUCACUUCACCCUGGAUCUAUUGUUACCAACCUUUUGCGGCAUCACAGUGUAGUGAACGGGCUUGCUAACUUGUUUGUUAAAUUUGCACUCAAGAAUGCUGAACAGGGAGCUGCUACAAGCUGUUAUUUGGCGCUGCACCCUCAAGUUAAAGGUGUCACUGGUAAACACUUCAUGGACUGUAAUUUAGCCGAACCCAACUCCCAAGGGAAAGACAUGAAACUGGCUAAAAAGCUUUGGGAAUUUAGCUUGAGCUUGAUCCAUCAGGCAAGAACAUGAAUAAUAUAUCCCCGAUUCAGAGCAACUCUCUAUACAUGACUUUACUUCUUUCAACCGAGGCAGAUGUACUUCUUCCAACCAGAUAUGGUUACAGUUACAAAUUGAAAGAGUACACCAUGUUCAGACAGGAACUUUUCUAGACUCCUGUAUUCUUCAAGAGUGUAUGAUAAGAUUUACAGUUGUUUACAGCGCACAAACGAAUAAAAGCUGAGCUGCUGCUAACGUGUCAGGUCUCAAUAAGCAAUUUCUCAUCUGUCAGUUGUUCGAAUUUCCACGUCGGUUGUUAUGGGUUGAAAGUAAUUAGCGGAUUCUUCUGCAAAAUGGCUGUUCCAAAAAUCCUUGCCCCCAGCUCUUGGUAACCUCAGAAAUUUUCUAGCCUCAAAGAAGCACAAAACCUCUGCAAAUUGCUACUCAGGCCUAUGAUGAUGCAUUGUGAAGCCAGGAUUCAGAUCAAGAGAUGGUUUUAACCGAACACUAUCCCUUAGUAGCUGCUGGGACACGCGAUCAGCCAACACAGGCUGUGAAGUUGGAAGAACUUCACUAAGGUCCUGGUGUUGACCGAAUCGUCCAAAAUGGCAGGUCCCAAGACCACCAUUAUUAUCUACUGAAGUCAUAUCCCGAAACAUGUGUGAGGUUUGCGACAAACCUCUGAACUUCUCAGGCUGGUUGUUGGUUGGUUCCUGAUAGGGACUACUACUGCUACUUCCGGUGUAGAAGCCAGUUUGAGACCUUGGGGUUUCAUGGAUGUAAGAUGCCGGUUGCCACGAGUGAUGAUGAAAUGGGAUGGCGCCACCAGUAAGGGGCGUGGAUGAACCUGAGGCAGUGUGAGGGCUAGAUAUAGGAGAUGGAGAUAUCCUUCCACUUACAUGUUGUUGUUGUGGUGAUCUUGGAUACAGAAGAGGGCUACCGAUAGGGGAAACUGGACAUGAUAAAUUGUUCCUCGGCGCAUGGAAGUCACUAGAAAAUGAGAAACAGAAUUGGAUUGUUAUGAAAACUGUUUGAAACCCAAAGCAAAUUUAUCUUUUGAUGAAACAAAAACAAACUAGUUCGAGUUGAGAAUUCUCAUUUUAGCUACUGGGCCUUAGGAGAGAGCAUAUGCAAGGACAAAUGAAGAAAACCUUCAAACAUCACUCAUUGGUUGUAGGUAAUUUCACGUCACGUCAAAGUUUCACAAAUUCAAAAGUUCGAGAAGAAAACACAUAUGAAUGUUGUUCUGUUAAGAAUGUUCAACCAAUUCUUGAGACUCAACCCAAAAACAAGAAUAACUGCAUGGAAAGGCUGGAAAGAGGAGAACCUGAAUCCUGAACCAGUUCUUGAGACUCUAGAUUGAUGAAUGGGGAUUGCUUCCGUGUCAAAGCUUCUCGCAUAUCCAGUGCCCUAAUUGAAGAUUGCAUCCCAGUAAUCAGUUAAAGACAAACAAGAGCCACAAGAGAAUCGUGGCAACCUUGUUAGGUAAAAUAAAAACCAUGGUAAGAUCAUGAGCAUAAUGGGAACACAGGAAAAACAAAGUACAAUAGCAUUU